AUGUCCUUCUGCGCCAGUGGCGCCACCGCCCCAUCCGGCGGCCAGGAGGCCGGCCAUCUGCCCCGGGUGCCCAGAGAAGCCCGAAGCUUCGGGACCGGCCGGAGACCCCCGGCCAGGCGGGUUGGGCCCACCGGCCCACGCACGUGGGGUCCCGGUGCGGACCUGCUGGCAGGCUGGGGGCAGGCCAAGGACCGCCCAGAGGCGCAGCAGGUUGGGAUCCCACGGUCCUCACCUCCUCGGGACAACACAGGCGCCCCGGGCUCCACCGAGCCGGGCAGAGCCCGGGGAGCGCAGGCGGCGGCGCUCUCCUCGCGGGGCCUCGGUCUGACGCCCUCGGCCCUUCGCAGGAAGCCGACUCCCAGACCCGCGCAGGGGGUGUGGGCCGCGGGCGAAACCCCGCCUCCAAGGGACCCUGAUCUUUGCCCCCGCCCCGGGCUCCGCGCCUCCCCGAGGCACCGGCGGGCGGCGCAGCCUUUACGCCGGCUGGGCCCCCACGUCUGCCUUUCUGGGUUUGGGAGCGGCUGCUGUCCAGGCUGGACGCCCACCAUGGGCAGUGGGCACUGCACCCUGCCUCUCUGUGCCUUCGGCUGUGGGAGUGGCAUCUGCAUUGCUCCCAACGUCUGCUCCUGCCAGGAUGGAGAGCAAGGAGCUACCUGCCCAGAAGCCCACGGGCCCUGCGGGGAGUACGGCUGUGACCUUACCUGCAACCACGGCGGCUGUCAGGAGGUGGCUCGCGUGUGCCCUGUGGGCUUCUCGAUGACAGAGACAGCUGUUGGCAUCAGGUGUACAGACAUUGACGAAUGUUUGAGUUCCUCCUGCGAGGGCCACUGCGUGAACACAGAAGGCGGGUUUGUGUGUGAGUGUGGGCUGGGCAUGCAGCUAUCUGCUGACCGCCAUAGCUGCCAAGACACAGAUGAAUGCCUGGGGACCCCCUGUCAGCAGAGAUGUAAAAAUAGCAUCGGCAGCUACAAGUGUUCCUGUCGGACUGGCUUCCAUCUCCACGGCAACCGGCACUCCUGUGUAGAUGUAAACGAGUGUCGGAGGCCCCUGGAGAGGCGAGUCUGCCACCAUUCCUGCCACAACACCGUGGGCAGCUUUCUGUGCACGUGCCGACCUGGCUUCAGGCUCCGGGCAGACCGCGUGUCCUGUGAAGCUUUCCCGAAAGCCAUCCUGGCCCCGUCUGCCAUCCUGCAGCCCCGGCAGCCUCUCCCCAAGUCACUCCAGCUGCUUCCAGAGGCAGGCCGGCCUGUGCUGUCCCCAGGACACAGCCCUCCUUCCGGGGCUCCGGGGCCACCAGCCGGAGUCAGGACCACCCGCCUGCCGUCCCCCUCCCCCCCACUCUCCACACCCUCCCCUUCUGUCCCUUCACGGCUGCUCUCCACCCUGGUGGCCACCCCAGGGCUUACGGCCUCCCUGCUGAGGACCCUCAGACCUCCCUCACUCCUCGAGGGAGAGGUGGUAGGAACCCCUUCCUCGCCCAGGGGCCCCGAGGUCCCCCAGCUGACAACUGGGCGCUCUCCUUGCUGGCACCUGGGAGCCAUGUAUGAAUCAGGGAGCCGUUGGACAGAGCCUGGGUGUGCCCAGUGCUGGUGCGAGGAUGGGGAAGUGACCUGUGAACAGGUGAGGUGUGAAGCUGCUUGUUCGCACCCGAUUCCCUCCAGAGAUGGGAGAUGCUGCCCAUCGUGCACAGGCUGUUUUCACAGUGGCGUCAUCCGAGCCGAAGGGGACGUGUUUUCACCUCCCAACGAGAACUGCACCGUCUGUGUCUGCCUGGCCGGAAAUGUAUCCUGCAUCUCACCUGAGUGUCCCCCCGGCCCCUGUCAGGCCACCCCACAGUCGGAUUGCUGUACUUGUGUUCCAGUGAGAUGCUAUUUCCACGGGCGGUGGUACGCGGACGGGGCCAUGUUCAGUGGGGGUGGUGACGAGUGUACUACCUGUGUCUGCCAGAGUGGGGAGGUGGAGUGUUCCUUCACCCCAUGCCCGGAGCUGGCCUGCCCCCGGGAGGAGUGGCAGCUGGGCCCAGGACAGUGCUGCUUCACCUGCCGGGAGCCCACGCCCACCACAGGCUGCGCUCUGGACGACAACGGGGUCGAGUUUCCGGUUGGACAGAUUUGGUCGCCCGGCGACCCCUGUGAGUUGUGCGUCUGCCAGGCAGAUGGCUCGGUGAGUUGUAAGAGGACAGACUGCGUGGACUCCUGCCCUCACCCCAUCCGCAUCCCUGGACAGUGUUGCCCGGACUGCUCGGCAGGCUGCACCUACAUGGGCAGAGUCUUCUUCAACAAUGAGACCUUCCCGUCUGCACUGGACCCGUGUCUGAGUUGCAUCUGCCUGCUGGGCUCUGUGGCCUGCUCGCCCGUGGACUGCCCCAUCACCUGCACCUACCCUUUCCACCCUGACGGGGAGUGUUGCCCGGUGUGCCGAGACUGCAACUAUGAGGGCAGGAAGGUGGGGAACGGCCAGGUGUUCACCUUGGACGAUGAGCCCUGCACCCGCUGCACGUGCCAGCUGGGAGAGGUGAGCUGUGAGAAGGUCCCCUGUCAUCAGGCCUGUGCUGACCCCUCCCUGCUUCCCGGGGACUGCUGCUCUUCCUGCUCAGAGACCCUGUCGCCACUGGAAGAACGGCAGGGGCUCUCCCCUCAGGGAGACGUGUCCUUCAGCAAAGCGACUCGGAGCCCCCGUGGAGAUGCCGAGAUCCCCAUCCACUGUGGCUCCUGCCUGGGGCACCCCACAGCCACCCCCCAAAGGCCGAUGCUCCAUCUCUUCCAGCUCCUCUUGAGAACGAACUUGUCUAAGGCACAGACUUUGCCAACAAACCCCUCAGGGUCUCAGGCCCCUCCCUCGCCCCCUUUGGGGCCAGUGGGUGUUUCCCCAAGGGAGCCAGGGGCCUCCCCGUUCCCUCAGCUCUCUCCAGGGCCUUUGAUCCCUCUGGGGAACCACACUCUACCUCCAGCCUCCCAGAGAGCUUCUCAGCUUCCUCUUGUGACACCAGAGCGCUCCUUGUUGGCCUCGGGGGCCCAGACAGCAUCCAGGUGGCCUUCUCUGCCUGCUACCCACCUGACAGAAGCUUCGGCACUUUCCACGACGGACCCCAGCCCCUCGGAGACAUCAGCCUCCUCAGGCCUCGCUCACUCUCUCCUACCACCCCCAGACUCUCUGUAGCCCCCACAGGUUCCACCCGCCCCGGGCCCCAGCAGUCCACAGUGGGAACCUCCCAGGGGGAGGAAUCCACCGCGUAGGAAUGUCACCGUG